CUCCAGUCGAACGACGGUGUCGCGUCAAAACAAACAAUAUUCCCCCCACAGCAUUUUUCACCAACACAGUUUACCUGCGUUGCUGUAGAAGCUAGCCACCAUGCCUCCCAGGCGCAAUGCAACAGGCGCCACAAGCACUGCGAAGAACACAGCGACAGCGAAAUCUAGCACUGCGCGUAAAGCUAAGGCCGAAUCUACUAUAGCCACUAAGACGACGCGGGGGAAACGCACAGCGGAGCCAGAGCCGAUAGAGGAUGAGCCACCAGCGAUGAAGCCUGCUCGGGGCAGGAAAACUACCAAAGCAGAUGCGCCAACCGUGGAAGCAGUAGCAGUUGAGAUACCCAAAAAACGAGGCAGGACAGCGAAGGCGCCGCCAGUCACGCCAAUCGAAGAGGAACAUGCAGUUUCAGGAAAGGGAAAAGGUCGAGGGAAAGCCAAGGUGGAGGAAGUCCCGGUAUCAGAGGUCGAAAAAUCAGCACCAGAACCGAAGAAGCGCGGUCGCCAGGCAAAGGCAGCUCCAGUCAUCGCCGCAGAUGGGCCAUCUAGCACAGCGCAACCCGGCAAGCGUGGAAGAACGGCCAAGAAGCAAAUACAGGAAGAGCUUGAGGAUGCUCUUUCAGACGUCGCGGUUUCUAAACGCAACGGACGUACGUCAAAAAGAAUUGAAAAAGAAUUGCCAAUUACCAGUGAGGCGGGGACAAAAUCUAAGCGCGGACGAGCUACAGCAAGAGGGAAGGCUCAAGAAGAGAACGCGCCAGAGCCUGAAGCCCCAAAGGCAAAAGGACGAGGCAAACGGACAGAGAUAAAGGAAGCUGAAGACGAAUCAACAGCUGAUACCAAGCCAAAAACAACUAAGACUCGUUCUAGAAAAGCUAAAACAGAAUCGGAAAAGAAUUCUGAGGCAGAACCCAAAGCCAAACUGGUAAAGACACGAAGCAAACACUUCAAAGCAACUGAUUCGGAUGAGCCAAUGCCUGAACCACAACCUGACGCUGAGACUAAACCUAAGAGUCGGGGAAAGCGCGUCAAGAUUGCGGAUCCUGAGGUGGAAGAAACGGAAGAGCCAGCCCCACCUGUUCCCAAGGGACGAGGUCGAAAGGCGGCGCCUUCUGCUCCAGCUAAUCAGGGGAAGAAAACAAGAGGCAAGACAAUCAAGAGAAGUGGUGACUCUCAAUUAGUAUUGGAGGAAAACCAUAUUGACGAAGAAUCAACGACAAGUAAAAACUCGGAGAAAGUAGGAGAACGCAAGAAGGCGAGUCUAGAGCCGCAAGGUUCUGGAGUUGAAGAGCCUAUUGCUCGAGUCGUCGCUGAUACUGAAUCGUCUGAGUACCCUGACGGUAUUGUCGAAAUGGCUGAUGAACCAAUGCAACACACUCCGAAGGCUGCAGCGAAGGGUCGCCGUCAAACCGUAGGAGGCGAGGUUACACCAACGAGCAAGUCUCAAGCACAAGGAAUGGUUUCAUCCGCUCCGCCUAAGUCUCAUGGAUCUCCACUGAAGCGCCCAUCGCCUUCUGGAUCCGCCGGAGAAUCUGCCGAAAGUCCAGCAAAACGUGCGAAGGUUAAAGCUGCUGAAAUUGCAACUCCUCAGAACAAACCAUCGCGUCGACGGACGUUGGCCGCCACGAAGCUCACCACACCACGUACUUCAAAGUCGGUGCCAGUUCCAGGAACAGCCCCAGCGAAAGCGCACGGCCGACCACCUAGAUCUUCGGCGAUGAAGUCACCUCUUACUCCCGCUGCUACUUCCGAUGUCACUCAGGAGAUUGGAGUUGCAGAUGACGCCGCAGAAGCUAGCAUUGGUAACAUGCAACUACCAGAAUCUACUACCAAGCCAUCUCGCAGAAGGACUUUGGCUGUUAAUCCAACAACGCCAAAGAACACUCAGACGAUGACGAUUAUACCAGGAACGGCACCGCCAAAAGCAGUGGUCCAAUCUAGCACUGUUCAAAUACUGAGUGAGGAGGAGUCGGAGACUGCUGGAGCUGAGGACGCAGAGGAUACUCAAUUAGAUCACAAGGCGAGCCGUAGUAAGACCACUACUCAGUUUCCAGAGGCCAAAGACAGGCCAUCGCGCAGAAAGACUUUGGAUGCAAAACUGCAUACACCUAGCAAUCCGAAGACUACAAUUGGAGUUCCAGGCACAGCGCCGUCAAAAGCUGUUGGCCGUCCUCUGAAGAACAUCGGGUCUUCAGAAGCAGUGACUCCAGAGACUUCAAGAGCUGUUCCCAAAGUUCCAAAAACGGUGCAGCCAAAAAAGGUUGAGAAAGCAGCCGCUGGAAAACGAAAGCGUGCAUCUAGCCCCGGUCCUGCGUCUAGGAAAUCACGCCGCGCCACUAGUCCGUCAAGUGCGGCUGAAAAACGCAAGUCCAUAAAGUCGUCCGAUAUUCCCGCCGGACCCGGUGGCGUUUCAUAUUGGCUCAUGAAAGCAGAGCCGGAAUCCAGACUCGAGAAUGGCGUUGACGUCAAAUUCUCCAUUGACGAUUUAAAGGCAGUCACAGAACCAGAGCCCUGGACAGGCGUUCGGAAUCACCAAGCCAAGAACAAUAUGAUGGCUAUGAAAAAAGGUGAUCUGGCCAUUUUCUAUCACUCCAGUUGUGCUGUCCCAGGCGCGGUGGGUAUUAUGGAGAUUGUUGAGGAGGCUACCGUCGAUGAGACUGCUUUUGACGAGAAUAGUCCAUAUUACGAUGCGAAAUCCUCACGCGAAACACCAAGGUGGUUUAAUGUCAAGGUAGAAUUCCGCUCCAAGUUUGCUAAUCCGAGCGCCGUAACUCUUGCUGAGCUCCGUAAACGCUCUUUGCCUGGCGAGCCUCUCCAGAAUAUGCAGCUUUUCACUCAGUCACGUCUUAGUGUUAGCAAGGUCUCACCUGAGGAGUGGGAAUAUAUACUCAAGAUGGCCGGUGAGUCUGCGCCUAAAUCGCUCUACGCUCCUGCUGCAACAUCUACCCCGGAGGAGACGGAUAAAGCCGGGGAAGAGGCUGAGACUGCCGCAGAAGGAGAGGGAUCUGCAGGCCUUACUGGAGACGCUUCUAAAGUUGUCGAUGAAAAUGUUGAUGAUGUCGCUACCGAGGUUGUUGGACAGGACGCAUCCAAAGAGAUCAAAGAGGAUACGAAAGAGCAGAUUGAAAAUAACGUGGCUCAAGAAGCGCAAGGUGAGACCGCAGAUACGGUUGCUGAGCGAAUGGAAAAUGUUGCUGCAGAGACAGAUGUUCCUACCGUUCAAGAAGCUGCAGUUGAAAUAUCGGGAGCAAUGGUACCUACCGCAGUUGCUCCAAGCAUAGAAUUUCCUAUCGCUCGCGAAGCUAUCUCCAACGAUCUAAGCGAACUCCCGGAUGCAUCGUUCACGACCGUCGAUGACGAGACGCUUGACCGCCUCGCUGAUCUUCCACCUAUACAGACUACUGGGCGACGUUCGAUGAGCCCACGCAAGACACCAACAGACCGACGUACAUCGCUCAAGCCGAAUGGGACUUCGUCGAAACCAGCUUCGAGUGUAGGAAGUCGUGCGUCGUCUCUGGGGCCAGUACCCUCUUUUGCGCCAGAUUCUGCGACGGAGGGAGAUGCAUCUCGCCGGUCUCCGCGCGCGCCGUCGUUGGGAACGGCCGCGAAGACUGUUGAGACACCAGACGUAUCCUCCAGCCCUUUAAAGGCUAUUGAGAAGACCUCUGUUGCAGUGGCCUCAGAACAAACUAGUCCUGUAGUCGAUUUCAGCCCUGCUGUUCCAUUCACUGCCGGUGGAGGGGGCACAUUCGCUGUUCCCGACGAGACGGACGACAGCUCCAUGUUCUUCACUCACACGAGUCCAACGCAACGAUCAAACCCUGAUAUCGGCUCUGGGAGCGGUGACAAUUCAUUUGGUUUGUAGAUGAUCAAAAUUUUUGAAUUACGAUUUUGGUCAUCUCAGCAAUCGUUGCAGGUGGCCAGCACACCUAGAAGCAGUGCUCUGUAGGACGCUAGUUCCUUGCGCAUGGAGAACUCGCCUUUCUUCUCCAAUCCCCUGCGCAAACGGUAUACAUUCGACCCUGACAAAAGCUUUGUAAAGAUACUUUACGACCGGUUGGCUUGGGAUUUGGUUCUCUGGGGGUUUUGCGAUGUAUUUUCUGUGCUUUUGCUUAAACCUGGGUAUUGGGGGUAAAAUUUACGUGUCACAUGUCAGUCGUCGGACGGCUGGUAAAAAACUACGGAGUAGGUAGCUUGGGAACCAUAUCGGCAUGCGCAUCACAUUCAAACUUGCCGUUUGAUUUGGACGUAUGAAUGUAUGUGUUGCUCUGCGUGUUUGUCGCAAAUCCACUUUGCGAUUCCUGAGUUCAAUUGCGAGUUUGAAGCCUCAAGCAUGGCCUCACUCUUGUGAUAUGUCUAUGCUUCAACAGAUGAAACCCUCAAAUCCGCCAUAUGAUACAUGACAAAGGAAACCACACGAUAUUCAAAUACACAAAAGGAGGCGAAUACGGAUCAAUGAUGUUACUCGAUUCUCUUCUUGCCCUCCUCCAUAUAUCCAAUGUUCGCCA